ACUGGCUCAAUUGUGGGAGAAAAUGGAUGAGGCCCUGUAUUCGGCCACCUAUGUGGAUAACUACAUUGAUUCGGUAGAAAAUCUACCCGAUGACGUUCAGAGGCACUUAUCGCGUAUACGUGAUAUAGAUGUACAGUAUCGAAACCUCCUGCGAGAUGUUGAUCAUUAUUAUGAUUUAUGGAGAUCCCUACAGAAUUGUGGCGAAUCGAAUAUACCAAGGCGGGCACGUUCUGUAACCCGUAUGCAACAGAGUUUAAUUCAGGCCCAGGAAUUGGGCGAUGAAAAGAUGCAAAUUGUAACACAGCUACAGGAAUUGAUAGAUCACAAGACACGACAACUGGACACGGACCAGAAGAAUCUCGACAUAAAAGAGGAAAAGGAAGAUGUUAUGCAUAUGCAAAUGGAUGAGUGUGGUGCACCGACACCGCAGAAACAAUCACGUACCCAGAGUCCGGCAAGGGUUGGGGAUUUGUCAACGCUGUCCGGAGAAGACUCAAUUGGAAAUAAUGUUGUUCUUUGCUUAGGUUAUGGUGCCGGUGGUUCUUCGGUUUUAAAUUCCGCCGGUGGCGGCAAUUCCACACCAAAUUCCGAACGUUCCGGCAGUGGUAAUAUGGGCUCAAGCGGCAACAAUGCCAAUGGAUCAAGUGGAGCCGGCGGUCUUCUUAAUUCAUCUAAUAUGGAUAAUCAACGAAGCAAUAGUAAACGUUCUCGACGCCGUAAUGAUACCGUUGGUAAUAUGGAAUUGGGUGGCAAUGAAUCGAAUUCCGCCAAUGAGGGUGGCAGUAAUGGUGCCGAUCGUAGCAACAAUCAGAAAUCAUUAAAUAUGGCGGCGUCACAGAAGAAAAGUGGUGGUGUACAAAAUAUUGCCGGUUCAGCGGUGUCAGCAUCUGCAGUUACAGGAUCUGGUUCAGGAUCGGGUAACGGCAGCGGUUCGGGUAAUAAUCAUUCGGGCAAAAAGAAGAAACGUAAAGCACGUGGCGGUGGAGCGCAGUCGUCGGCGCAAGCCAGAGAUGCCAGAGAGGAAACACCACCGCCCGAUCCAAUUGAUCCCGAUGAGCCAACAUACUGUGUAUGCAAUCAGAUAUCCUUUGGUGAAAUGAUUCUCUGCGAUAAUGAUCUGUGUCCCAUUGAAUGGUUUCAUUUUUCGUGUGUUUCAUUGGUAUUAAAACCCAAAGGCAAAUGGUAUUGUCCGAAUUGUCGUGGCGACCGACCCAAUCUUAUGAAACCCAAAGCUCAAUUUCUUAAAGAACUGGAACGUUACAACAAAGAAAAGGAGGAGAAAACGUAA